UGUGCGCGUGACUGCAAUGGAGGAUUCAGACGACGCACUUGUCGCAGCUGACCUGACAGAAAACGAGGAGGCGGCGUUUGUUGAUUCAAGACCACGAGAAGUUGUCAUUAAUAAAAACGAACAAGGCUAUGGAUUUAACGUUCGUGGUCAAGUAGCUUCAGGAGGGACUCUCAAGCCAAUUGACGGUCAACUGUACGCGCCCAUGCAGCACAUUAGUGCUGUGUUGGAGGAAGGACCAGCUGAUCGAGCCGGAAUCAAAGUUGGAGAUCGAAUAUUGGAAGUCAAUGGUGUCAGUGCUGAAGGUCUCACACAUAAAGAAGUUGUUGACAUGAUUCGACAUGCUGGAGAUGAGUUAAAACUUGUGUUGAUAUCAGUGAAGCAACAGGAAGCUCAGAUGUUAGAGAAAGAGGUUGAGAGGCAACACCAUGCUAGCAGAGAUUACUUUGAGAAACGGUCGUUGCCGAUAACAAUACCAGACACGAGACAAGAGGAGAAGGAAGGAGAGAAAUAUACCGUGUUCAAUGUCUACUUGGCAGGGAAAUAUCUCACAUCACGACGAUACAGUGAAUUUGUAACAUUAGAUCAAAAGUUGAAAGAGGAAUUUUCUGAAUUUUCAUUUCCCAAGUUACCUGGCAAGUGGCCAUUUGCACUUUCGGAGACAAAGCUUGAUGCUCGGAGGCGGUCUCUUGAAAGUUAUCUUGAUAAAGUUUGUGCAGCUUGUGUAAUUAUGGAGGGAGAGACAAUGACAGAGUUCUUAGAAGUGGACAAGGCACAAGAAACUGUGAAGAAAGAAAACAAUUUAGAUGUUGAGUUGAAGGUGUUGCUGGCCAAUCGUUCUACAAUAUCGGUAUCUGUGAAGAAAGACAGCACGACAGCUAGUGUAUACAAGGCUAUUGUGAACAAAAUUGGUUUAGCAAAGGAAAAUUGGAAAUUCUUUGCUCUUUUUCAACUGAUGGCUCACGAUUUUGAGCGGAAGUUGCAACCCUCUGAGUUUCCUCAUCGUAUUUAUAUCAAGAACUACUCUAGCACGACUCAAACAUGUCUCACUUUGAAGAAAUGGCUUUUUACACUUACACAAGAAGUUGUAGCUAGUGAAGAUGAAGUUGCUCAAAAUCUUUUCUAUUGGCAGGCUGUUGAAGAUAUUAGAAAGGGUCGUAUUAAUCCUGGUAGUCAAUUGAAACAACUUCAAGUGUUACAACAAGGUCACAACAAGAAAUUACAAUUCUUGGAUAUGGCUAGAGCGUUGCCUGAUUAUUGCUCAAUUACUUUUCCACAUGCAGCAUGUGAUGCUCGUAAACAAGGUCAUGUGAUCACAUCUGUAAAUUUCAAUCAUCUCAAACUGCAAGCGUGUGACGAAGAAGGAGUCGCUCAGGAUCAAGAUCACACGUUUGCAUGGGAGGCUAUAAAAUCUUGGGAGGCAGAUAUUGAGGAGAAUGCAUUUGUUUUUCAAUAUGCAAGAGGAGAGAAGUUGAAAUGGAUUAGAAUUUAUUCAGAAUAUUAUAAAUAUUUGGUCGACUGUGUUGAUAGAGUAAUGGAUGAAAUCAAGUGGAAGGACAAGGCUCCUGUUAUUCCAGCAGCUGCCAGCUCGAUGAGGAACGGUGGUCGGGUCACAUCUGAUGAGAAGAAAGCAGAAAGAAAGGCAAACACUUCCAUUGCUGCAAACAAGAAGAAACCGUCGACUGUACCUUUAACUAACGGUGGUGAUGAUGAUGAUUUGUAGCUUUUUGUUUACCUCCACCGUCUCUAUGGUAGAACUAGCAUUUCUACAGUUAGAUGUUGCUAUGUGAUUAUGCAGUCUUUCCUUUCCAAUGGCAUGAUGUUGUUAGGAAAGCUGGAGUUGCCACAUCUCUUAUUCUUAUCAAAUACUGUGAAAUGCAAGGCUA